AACGGGCCGCCGUGCGAGGUCACCCCAGCAAUGUCCCUCUCCCUGCCCUCCCACCCCUCAACCUUCUUCUCCCUACAGGUCCAGCAUGCCAGCAAACAGAUCACGGCGGAGAAGCAGUACAAGGGCAUCAUCGACUGCAUAGUCCGCAUCCCCAAGGAGCAAGGCAUCAUCUCCUUCUGGAGAGGCAACCUAGCCAACGUCAUCCGGUACUUCCCCACCCAGGCCCUCAACUUUGCCUUCAAGGACAAGUACAAGCAGAUCUUCCUGGGGGGAGUGGACAGGCACAAGCAGUUCUGGCGCUACUUUGCAGGGAACCUGGCGUCUGGAGGUGCUGCGGGAGCCACCUCCCUCUGCUUUGUCUACCCACUGGAUUUCGCCAGGACCCGGCUGGCGGCUGAUGUGGGCAAAGGAGUCAGCGAGAGGGAGUUCACUGGGCUGGGUGAUUGUAUCAUCAAGAUCUUCAAGUCUGAUGGUGUGAAGGGCCUGUACCAAGGAUUCAAUGUGUCUGUCCAGGGCAUCAUCAUCUACAGAGCAGCCUAUUUUGGGGUUUACGACACGGCCAAGGGUAUGUUGCCCGAUCCAAAGAACGUGCAUAUCGUAGUGAGCUGGAUGAUUGCCCAGACCGUCACCGCAGUAGCAGGGUUGGUCUCUUACCCUUUUGAUACUGUGCGACGUAGGAUGAUGAUGCAGUCUGGCCGAAAGGGAGCUGAUAUUAUGUACAAGGGCACAAUUGAUUGCUGGAAGAAGAUAGCUAAAGAUGAAGGAUCCAAAGCAUUCUUCAAAGGUGCCUGGUCGAAUGUGUUGAGAGGCAUGGGCGGAGCUUUUGUAUUAGUACUUUACGAUGAAAUCAAGAAAUAUGUCUAAAACCUAACAUCAUAAUGAAGUUCAAUUGUUCUCAAUCAACUUUUUUUAAAAUAUGCUAUUGUGAUGUAAUGGACAACAAAAUAUUUCCUAGGGAAACAGAACAAAAUUUGAGUAACAUCUGGUUGAGAUGAGGAUGCAUUAAUUUAAAAAUUGUCCACUACAUCACAGCUACAUUUUGUAUGAAGAUUCCUCCAACAUUUGUAUUGGAACUUGUGUAUAUAUUAUACUUCAAAUUUCAGGUAAAACAUCUUGUCUAGAGACAAGAGUUAGGUGGUCUAUAUCUUCAGAAAUACCUAU